AGCACUGGCACCGCAGAGGUCAUGGGCGUUAUUAUUGAUGUUUCUAACCUGACGGAAACGUUAUAGAAAUACACUUGUUGAAAUACCUAUUGGAGACUGUGAUCGGAGAUCAGUUGUUUAUCUUCAGACGGUAGUAAAAACGGUGAAGAAGUCGACAGUGUUGAAUUACUUGAAGACCGGAGAAUUUUUUUUAAACAGUUAACUUUGAUGUUUGGCGCAAAAAAAUAAGUACAAUAAAGAAAAGUUUGCUGUUCACAUAAAGAACAUUGGAGAACUUAGAUAAAUUUUUGCGUGACUACUAGAAGAGAUCUAGCUUUCACGGUUCCAGCAGUUAUGGGGAUCUUGGAAGAAGGGAAUUGUUCUAUGAAUAAUGGCGAUUAUAAAACGGCUAUUGAACAUUACAAUAAUUGUGUAGAAGUUGCAGACGAAAAUAGCCUGAAAACGAUAGCAUAUUUUGGUCUUGGUAAUGCUUACACACUCUCUGAUAAUUGGGAGGAAGGAUUGAACAGUUUUAAUCAUUGCUUAAAGUUUUCGUCUAAAGUUGAAAGUGAAUAUUUUGAACAUCAAGUAUACCUUGGCCUGGGGAGUGUUCAUUCUACCAUUAAAAGAUUGGAGGACGCAAUGAAGAAAGAUGAAAUGGAAUGUCUCUGCCAUAUUGCACUGGGAGGAUUGAACAAGUCGCUUGGAAAUUAUGAGCAAUCUUUGGAGCAUUAUAGAAAAGGAUUCUCUUUUAUUGAUUGUGAACACCAAGAAGAAGAAAUGCAACCUCGACAACGGAAAGAAAAUCAACAAGAACAAAGUAAACGGCGUGAACGACCGCGACGACCAAGAAAAGUUGGUGGUAUUAACGUUGGUAAAGAUUUCGUCAACCUUAACAUGAAGAACUUGUCAAUUGUUACUUCAGCUGGAAUUGUCAGUGGAUUGUUGGCUGUUCUAUGGGAAUUAGCAGAAUUGUUUGAUAAACUUGAGCAAUAUAGGGAAGCAGUAGAAAUUUAUGAAACAUAUCUGGAGAUGGUCACAAAAGAUGAAGAUAUAGAAAAACAAACGAACGUCAUGGAGCGUCUGGUGCAAAUAUACGAUGAAGAAGAGCGUUAUUACUUAAGGAAUUCAAUGACAACAAGAUUACAAGAAUUUCAUGAAAGAAAAAGAACCAAGAAUUGCAGCUGCAUGAAUGGAAAUACAAUGAUAAAUCGACAAAACAUAAAGAAUUGCUCUUAAAAUUAAUUGAGUAUGGGAAAGACCCUAAUGUUGAGGUUAAACAUGUGGACGAUGUACGUGUAAUUUUCAAAGAAGAGUUUUGCAUCGGUAGAGGAAGUGAUGGAACCCGUGUUUAUCUUGGACUGGGAAAGGAUGGUUACGGUAAAGCAGUGAAACGAAUUCUUCGUGAUAAUACUUAUUUGGCACAGCACGAAGAAAAAAUUUUUAAUGAAAUCAAUGCUAAGAAGUCGGAUUAUGUGCUAAAUUAUUAUUGCUUGAGACAACAUAGAGGAACAGACUAUGUUUAUUUGAUUCUCGAUCUAUGUGAAGAAUCGUUGAAGGAAUAUGUGGAAUCAAAUUCAAACAGUUUGGAUUACCUUCAAAACAUACUUCCCGACAUUCUUAAACAAAUUUUAAAAGGAUUAGCUGAUCUUCAUAGCGGUCCACGUCCCAUUCUUCAUCGAGAUUUGAAACCUUCCAAUGUUCUCCGAGACACACAAGGCAAAUUUUUGAUAGCCGAUUUUGGUAUUAGUCGAAUUAUGAAGAAUGACUCUCAGACACAUGUAAGCGCUGCUAAUAGGGGAACUCAGCAUUGGAUUGCCCCUGAAUCUUAUAUUGUUGAUGAAAAAUUAUUUGAUAAAGCACGUUACAAACCAGAGUCUGAUGUAAUGAAUGCAGGAAUGGUGGCUUACUUUGUUGCAACAAAAGGAAAACAUCCUUUUGGUACUAAAGUGUGCAUACUUCAAAAUUUGUUGGAUGGAAAACCUGUUGGCUUGAAGGAAAUCAGUAAUGUCGAACUAAAUGAUCUUCUAUCAUGGAUGCUACAACAUAAACCCGAACUCAGGCCAUCUGCAAAGGAGGCGUUAAAACACCCUUAUCUACUAUCUGAUGAAGAAAAGUUUGACUUGCUGUGUGAAGUUGGGAAUCAACCGGAGAUAAAGAUACAGCAAUUAAAUCAUCUUCUCAGCUUAGAUGUCCAUGAGCAGUUAAAUGAUUUAAAAAAUUGGAAGGGUCGUAUUGAUCCUGAAGUCUUCAGUGAUUUCAACAUGGGACACUACGAUGCUACAUGGUUAGGUUGCUUGAAAUUUAUACAAAACGUUGAUCAGCAUUGGCUUGAUGAGCAUCGUACAAAACUGUUACCAUAUAUCAAGGAAGGCAAUUAUAAAGAGUAUUUUGUACGGGUUUUACCAGAGCUUCCUCUUCUGGUGCACAGAAUCAUGAGGUUAAACGAAUGGAUCUUAAGACCUGAUAUGGAAAAACGUGUUCCUAUUCAAGAAUUGUUGCGUCAACCAUGGAAAUGUUUUGAUAAAUCAAUAAUACAUCAGGAAUUGUUUAAAAAGAUGGAGGAAUAUGGACGCAAGCAUCCAGAAAAAGUUACACUGCUCAGUGAAUUGCGUGUAAUUUUCAUGAAGGAGUUUUUGCUUGGCAAGGGAAGUGAUGGAACCCGUGUUUACCUUGCCCUGGGAAAUGAUGGUUAUGGAAAAGCAGUAAAGCGAAUACGCAAAGAUUGCGGCUUAGACUAUACAAAUCGAGAAAAAGAAAUUUUUAAUGAGUUGAAUGCAAAGCGUUCAAAUUAUGUUGUGAAUUUUUGGGAUUUAAAAGAUAACCUUGACGAAGAGUAUUUGUACAUGAUAUUAGAUUUGUGUGAAGAAUCGUUAGAGAGUUAUGUGAAAUCUUCUUCUUUGCAAAAUCUACAAAAAGUCGUUCCUACAAUUCUUAUGCAGAUUUUAAAAGGUUUAGCUGAUCUUCACAGUGGUCUAUGUCCUAUUCUUCAUCGGGAUUUAAGACCAUCGAACGUUCUUCGAGAUGUGGAUGGAAAUUUUUUAAUCGCUGACUUUGGUAUAAGUCAUAUGUUUUCUGAUGAAACUUCGACACAUCUGAGCAUACAGAGAGGAGCUAAAAAUUGGAUAGCUCCAGAGUCAUAUGACAAAACAGAUGGAUCAAUUAAUAAAGUUCGUUACAAAAAAGAGUCUGACAUUAUGAAUGCAGGAAUGGUGGCUUAUUAUGUUGCAACAAAGGGAAAACAUCCUUUUGGACAUGAACGGCAUAUACUGGACAACAUUUUGAUUGGAAACCCAGUUGGAUUGGACGAAAUCAAGGAUGCCAUGCUCAAAGACCUUUUAUCGUGGAUGCUACAACUAAAACCUGAAGACAGACCAUCUGCCAAUGAGGCGUUAAAACAUCCUUAUCUACAAUCAGACGAAGAGAAAUUUAACAUGCUGUGUGAUAUGGGGAACCAACUGGAGUUGAAACAUUUACAAGGUCAAAAUUCUCCCAUUUCGGAUGUUCAUACGCAGUUGUAUGGUUCCACAGAAUGGAUGAAGCGUAUUGAUGAUGAAGUCGUCAAAGAUUUGAUCAACUUUGAAGUAAACGACAGUAUAAGAACUCUAAAGUACGAGUCUACAUGGGCAGGAUGCCUAAGAUUUAUACGAAACGUUGACCAACAUUGGCAAAAUAAGCCUCGUCCGCAUCUAUCACAAUAUGUGAAGCAAGGCAAUUAUAAAGAGCAUUUCCUGCAAGUUUUCCCGGAGCUUCCUCUUCUGGUGCACAAAGUCAUAUGGUCGACUCACUGGAAAUCCACUCCAGAUCUGGAAGAACACUUUGCUAAAUUGCAGUUGAAAGAAUGGAAGUAUUUUGAUCAAUCAAUAAAGCACAAAGAGAUGUUCUUGAAAUUAAUUAAGUAUGGACGCGACCCAGAGAGCAAGGUUAAAUGUGUGAACGACGUACGUGUAAUUUUCUCGGACGAGUUUUGCAUUGGCAUAGGAAAUAAUGGAAACCGUGUUUAUCUUGGACUGAAAAAGGAUGGUUAUGGAAAAGCAGUGAAACGAAUACGUCGAGAUAUCUGUACCAAUGAAGCAGAGAACGAAGUGAAAAUUUUCAAUGAAAUCAAAGCUAAGAAGUCGAGCUAUGUUGUGAAUUAUUACCACUUAGAAGAAAAUACCGAAACUGAAUAUGUCUAUUUGAUACUUGACCUAUGUGAAGAAUCGCUGGAGAGUUUUGUAAAAUCUUAUACUUUGGAGGAUCUUCAAAAAUCUCUUCCCGAAAUUCUCAAGCAAAUUUUAAAAGGAUUAGCUGAUCUUCAUAGCGAACCAAAUCCUAUUCUUCAUCGUGAUUUAAAACCAUCUAAUGUUCUUCGAGAUGCACAAGGACAAUAUCUGAUAGCUGACUUUGGUAGUAGUCGAAUAUUGAAAAACGGCCUUAAGACACAUGUAAGCGAUGCUACUAAGGGAACUCAGUAGUGGAUUGCUCCUGAAUCAUACGUUUUUGGUGAAGAGUCAUUUGAUAAAGCGCGAUACAAACCAGCGUCUGAUGUAAUGAAUGCAGGAAUGGUGGCUUAUUAUGUUGCAACAAAAGGGAAACAUCCUUUUGGACCUCUAGAGCUUAGACUGAAAAACUUGCUAGAUGGAAAUCCUGUUGGUUUGGAAGAAAUCAAGGAUUAUCAACUUAGAGAUCUUCUUUCAUGGAUGCUACAACAUUCACCAGAAGAGAGGCCAUCUGCCAAAAAGGCGUUAAAACACCCUUAUCUACUAUCCGAUGAAGAGAAGUUUAGUAUGCUGUGUGAUGUGGGGAACCAACCGGAAAUAAUACAAUCACAAGGUCAAAUAUCUCCAAGUUCAGAUGUUGUUGCGCAAUUGUAUGCUCCCAUGGAAUGGAUGACGCGUAUCGAUGAUGAAGUCUUGAAAGAUUUCAAAAUCUUUGAAAAGAAUGGCAAAAAGAAAACUCUGACUUACGAGCCUACAUGGGCAAGGUGUUUAAGAUUCAUAAGAAGAGUGAAUGAGCAUUGGAACGAUAAACCUCGUUCACAUUUGUUGCGUUAUGUUAAGGAAGGCAACUAUGUAGACUAUUUCUUGCAACGUUUUCCUGAACUGCCUCUUCUGGUGCACAAAAUCAUAAGGUCGACUGACUGGAACAAAAGACCCGAUCUUCAGAAACAUUUUACAGCUUAGUCAUACCAACAAUUUUUUAUGUUAAACGAUGUAACCAAAUUAGGAUUCUAUGACACUAUACAAUGUCCCAAUUUAGUUGUUAUUUUCACUAAAAAGUUUUUUUCGUUUGAUAAUAUUCAAUAUGCAUGUUUUAAAUACUCUAUAAAUGCUUUCCAAGAUGAGAGCAUUUUUGAUGUGAUUUUUAAUUGAAUGUAUUGCCAGAGGCUCCGGAAAGGGGGACGACUGCCAAUAUUAUAUUUCACAUACUGAGGUUUCUGUAAAUGUAACUUGAAAGUUUCAGUUGAAUAAAACAUUGCGUUAUA